CAGGCCCAGAGCUGAGCAGGAGCCCUCAGAGCAGACGCCAUGGCAUCCAUCCUCUCUGCUCUUCUCUGCCUCGGGCUGAGUCUGGACCAGAGAGCCCGUGUGCAGGCAGGGACCCUCCCCAAACCCACCCUCUCAGCUGAGCCAGGCUCUGUGAUCCCUUAUGGGAGCCCUGUGACCCUCUGGUGUCAGGGGACCCCGGAGGCCCAGAUGUUUCAUCUGUACAAGAAAGGAAACCCUGUGGUUUGGAACACACCAAGCCCAUGGAAGCCCACGAACAAGGCCAAGUUCUCCAUCACACGCAUGACAGACCAUGAUGCAGGGAGAUAUCACUGUAACUACCUCAGCCCCACUGGCUGGACAGGGCACAGUGACCCCCUGGAGCUGGUGGUGACAGGAUACUACCAUGAACCCAGACUCUCAGCCCUGCCCAGCCCUGUCGUGACCUCGGGAGGAAAUGUGACCCUUGAGUGUAGCUCAUGGCAGGGAUUUCACAGGUUCAUUCUGACUAAGGAAGGAGAUCACAGGCUCUCCUGGACACAGGACACACAGCCACAGCCCAGAGAAUCAUCACGGGCCAAGUUCUCUGUGGGGCCUGUGACCCCCAGCCACAGGUGGACGUUCAGAUGCUAUGGCUGUUACAGAGAGAGCCUGCAGGUGUGGUCACCACCCAGUGAUGCCCUGGAGCUCCUGGUCCCAGGUGAGUCUGGGAAGCCCUCCCUCCUGAGCCAGCAGGGCCCCAUCGUGGCCUCUGGACAGAGCCUGACCCUCCAGUGUCGCUCUGAUGUCGGCUAUGACAGAUUCGCUCUGCACAAGGAGGGGGAACGGGACCUCCCCCAGAGCCUUGUCCUGCAGCCCCAGGCUGGGCUCUCUCAGGCCCUCUUCCCCCUGGGCACUGUGAGCAGCUCCCACGGGGGCCGGUACAGAUGCUACGGUGGAUACAAACUCUCCUCUAAGUGGUCGACCCCCAGUGACCCCCUGGACAUCCUGGUGGCAGGACACCUGCCUGACAGACCCUCCCUCUCGGUGCAGCCAGGCCCCAGGGUGGCCUCAGGAGUGAACGUGACCCUGCUGUGUCAGUCACAGAGCCCGAGGGACACGUUCCUUCUGUCCAAGGAGGGGGCAGCUGAUCCCUCCCUGUGUCUGAGAUCAAAGCACCCAGCUCGGCAGAAUCAGGCAGAGUUCUCCAUGAGUCCUGUGACCUCAGCCCACUGGGGCACCUACAGGUGCUACAGCUCACACAGCUCCUCCCCCUUCCUGCUGUCACUCCCCAGUGACCCCCUGGAACUCCUGGUCUCAGGUGAGGGGUCCCAACCCUGUCUUGCUGAGAUGUCCCCUGGGGGCCCUCCCCUGCCACCAACCCUUCCUCCCUCUUUGUCCACCUCCCACCCCCAAGACUACACGGUGGGGAAUUCCAUCCGGAUGGGCGUGGCAGGCUUGGUCCUGGUGGUGCUUGGGGUACUGCUAUUUGAGGCUCAAAACAGCCUGAGAAGGACCCACGAUGCAGCCAGGACAUGAACACAGAGGAAACUGCACCAUUCAGAGAGGGGAGCCUUGGAUCCCAGGAGGUGCUGAAGGAAAGUUGGGACCAUUGUUGGGGAAACUGUCUGCUGGGAAUGUCCAGGGGAAUACACAUGAUUUGGGUGAAGAAAAUAUCUGUGUGUUCCCUGGACUCUUCCUCCAUUUAAUUCCUAUCUUCUCUUCCUGUCUUGGUUGGC